CAACAUUGCGUGUUUGUCAGUGAAGCAAUUAGAAAAAGUUAACAAUCAUUUCCAGCUUCAAGAACCUAGAUCUCAUGCUGCCUUGUUUACAUGAUGGACGGCUAUGUCAUGUCACCUCCCUCAGAGGACGUUAUUCCAAAUGAGACAGAGAAUUAUCGGCCCCCUGCAGAGCUGUACCCCUACCUCACUAAUGUAGGGGAGAUUUAUGAAGACCAUAGAUGGACCUUCCACUCUGAGCGCAUCCAGCCGUCGGACUUUGAGAAUUCACCAGUGAAUCACCUCACAGAGCUCCAGUCUGUGUCUCCUCAGCAGCUCAUACAACCCUACCGCUACAGCAGUGAGUCCCUGCCCCUUCACCUGGACCCACCACUCGCACCUCUCUCUGUGUCACCACAAAUCCCGUAUUACACCCCAUCCCUGUGCUACCAGUACCAACCUUCCAUCUCUCCUGGCCAUUACUACUCAGAGGAGGAACAAAGAGAAAUCAGUCCCCCGCUUGAGGUAUCCGAAGGGGAAGAUGAAUUUGAAGAUCACAACCACUCCUCCUUCAGGAAAGACAUUAGCAACAAGAAGAAAAUCCGCCUGUACCAGUUCCUCCUGGAUUUGUUAAGAAACGGUGACAUGAGUGACAGUAUUUGGUGGGUGGACCAGGACAAGGGCAUCUUCCAGUUCUCCACAAAACACAAAGAGGUUCUGGCCAGCCACUGGGGUAUUCAGAAAGGAAACCGCAAAAAAAUGACCUACCAAAAAAUGGCUCGAGCUCUGAGGAACUAUGGUAAAACUGGAGAGAUUAAAAAAGUGAAGAAGAAGCUAACCUAUCAGUUCAGUGAGGAAGUGCUGAGGAACCUCUACUUACGUCAGUAUUCUCACUGAUGAGGGAACUAAGGUUAUCUGUCAUUAUGCUGAAAUCACUGAAGUAGCCAAGAUUGAAUUUGCCUGUACAUUUGCAAUUUGACUUAGUUUUACUACCAAGUCUUCCUACUUAUUUAUUUGUGGUGCUAAUGCACUUCCUCUAUGGCAUUUACAAAGUUUCCAUAAUUGCUUUAUUUCAGACUCAAAUGAAGUUUGUUUGUACAAGGAUAAAAUAAUGAAUAAAGAUCAGGGACGGCUAAGAAAAAACAAACAAAAAAAACCCAAACUGUUUUUACGUGACCUUUUUGUCAUGAAUGUUUGUAAAUAAAUAUUAUGUUGUA